GUCAUGAUCUACUGCGCGGAGGUAGGCAACAAAUCUGAUGAUCAAAUGGUCAAAUUGUUCGCCUUCCUCCGCACAGAUUUUUUAAGGUUAUGGUGGAAAAACGAAAAUAUUUGUUGGAAAAACGUGGUAAACCGAUGGAAAAUCAUCUGGCACAUCGUUUUUUAACAGCCCAGAUUUUUCCGGGCUAACUUCACGGACCUCAAUGGUGACUGGAACAAUGAGAUAGCUUCGUAUCACCGACGUUUAUGCAACCAAUUAUGCGACCACGCAUAAUAAUAAUUCGACACCCAUCCUGACGCAUCGACCGCUAUCGAGAAGUAUCGGCCGCCAUCUAGAAAAUAAAUAUGGACGCCGAAGGCGGGCACUCAGAGUCGAAGAUCAGUUAGCAGCAGGGCGAGACACAAC